AUGCCUAGAAUCAAGUUGUUUGAUGUCGCUGCGUUCGCUUUGGUAGGAUUCGUGGGGAUUUACACCGGAACGCAGUUUUUUGAGCCCAUUGUUAUCGAUAGGUUGAGAAAAGAUGGCCACUUGAGAACGGAUGUGGAGAUCCCGCAGUAUGACGAGGAAGGGAACCCUUUGUCGCCUAAAUCAAUGUUGGACUUGAAGGGAGAGAUGGAUAAAAUCCAGCAGCUGCAACAGCAGCUGCAACAGCAACAACAGCAACAACAGCAGCAGAGUGCGACCCAAACAAAUUCGCUCAAGUAG